UUCUCAACUCCUCAAAAAUACGAAAGGAAAAGAGAAAAAUCAUCACUCUCUUAAAAACUCCCCGUUUCUCUUCUCUGCAGAAACAACUCUGACAACAAGAAAAAGAAACUGUUUUAGACACGGAGAGAAAGAGAGAGAGAGAGAGGGAAUUUAACAGAACAAUGGCACUGGCUAAAGAAAUGAUGGGUCGUUCCUUGAUUGAGAGAUCAUCAUUUCUAUCUUCAUCAAAAGUGUUUCUGAAUUGUACUAGUACCACUUUCCAACGCAAGCAGAACCAGUUCUUGGUUAACCCUGUCUUGCUUCCAUUGGAGCAAAGGAGGGUACGUUUGAGGAAAGUUGCCAAGCCUCCCGUGGCUGCUAUUAGUGAAGAUUUGAUAAAGGCUGUGCCUGAUCAAAAGGAAAAAGCGGUUAAAUUUAAGGUCAGAGCUGCCGUGACGGUCAGGAAUAAGAACAAGGAAGACUUUAAAGAGACUUUGGUUAAGCAUUUGGAUGCUUUCACCGACAAGAUCGGAAGGAAUGUUGUUUUGGAACUCAUUAGCACUGAAGAAGAUCCUAAAACCAAGGGUCCAAAGAAAAGCAGCGAGGCAGUGCUGAAGGAUUGGUCCAAGAAAGCGAACGUUAAAGCUGAGAGGGUCCAUUACACUGCUGAAUUUAUUGUGGACUCCAACUUUGGGGUACCAGGGGCUAUCACAGUGACAAACAAGCACCAAAAGGAGUUUUUCCUAGAGAGCAUCACCAUUGAAGGAUUUGCCUGCGGUCCAGUGCAUUUUCCUUGCAACUCCUGGGUACAAUCCAAGAAAGAUCAUCCUGGAAAAAGGAUAUUCUUCUCUAAUCAGCCUUAUUUACCGAGCGAGACACCCAAAGGUCUUAAAGCACUAAGAGAGAAGGAGCUAAGGGAUCUCAGGGGCAAUGGCAAAGGAGCCAGAAAACUCUCAGACAGGAUUUACGACUUCAAUGUGUACAAUGACUUGGGAAAUCCAGACAGGGGAAAUGAAUUUGCUAGGCCAACGCUUGGAGGUGAAAAAAUUCCUUACCCAAGACGGUGUCGUACAGGGCGUCCUCCAACUGAAACCGACAUUCAAGCAGAGAGCCGAGUUGAGAAGCCAUUGCCGACGUAUGUGCCUAGAGAUGAACAAUUUGAGGAGUCAAAGCAGAAUACUUUCUCUGCCGGGAGGCUUAGAGCAGUGCUUCACAACUUGCUCCCGCAAUUAAAAGCCAGCAUUUCAGCCUAUAACCGCGACAUAAACUCCUUUGCUGACAUCGAUGGCCUUUACAAAGAAGGGCUCCUCCUCAAAUUAGGUUUACAAGAGGAAUUCGUGAAGAACCUUCCACUACCAAAAAUGGUCAGCAAAAUACAAGAAUCUAGCGAAGGACUCCUCAAAUUUGAAACCCCCAAAGUAGUUUCCAAGGACAAGUUUGCUUGGUUGCGAGAUGACGAAUUUGCCCGUCAAGCAUUGGCAGGUGUCAACCCUGUCAACAUCGAGAGACUUGCAACUUUUCCACCAGUGAGCAAGCUCGACCCUGAAAUCUAUGGUCCACAGGAAUCUGCCCUCAAGGAAGAACACAUCGUGGGCCAGCUCAAUGGCAUGACUGUAAAACAGGCUUUGGAAGAAAACAAGCUGUUUAUUGUGGAUUAUCAUGACAUUUACCUACCAUUUCUUGAUCGGAUUAAUGCACUUGAUGGGCAAAAAUCAUAUGGUACUCGUACCAUAUUUUUCUUGACUCCUAGCGGAACUUUGAAGCCAAUCGCAAUAGAACUAAGCCUCCCACCCACUGCACCACGUUCACGAUCCAAGCGUGUUGUCACGCCUCCUGUCGAUGCAACUACCAAUUGGAUUUGGCAGUUGGCUAAGGCUCACGUUUGCUCUAACGACGCCGGAGUUCACCAAUUGGUUAACCACUGGUUACGUACACAUGCAUGCAUGGAGCCAUUUAUACUUGCGGCGCAUAGGCAAUUGAGCGCAAUGCACCCAAUUUUUAAGCUUUUGGAUCCACAUAUGAGAUAUACACUAGAGAUCAAUUCUGUAGCUCGCCAAACCUUGAUCAGCGCGGAUGGUGUUAUCGAGUCUUGCUUCACUCCCGGUCGCUACUGCAUGGAGAUGAGUGCUGCCGCCUACCGGAGCCAUUGGCGCUUUGACAAGGAGGGCCUACCUGCUGAUCUAAUUCGCAGGGGAAUUGCGGAACCUGACCCAACACAGCCACAUGGUGUAAAGCUCCUAAUCGAAGACUACCCAUACGCCUCGGACGGGCUGCUUAUUUGGAACGCGAUUGAGAAUUGGGUUCGAACCUACGUGAACCGAUACUACCCAAAUUCAAGCGUGAUAAGCAAUGACAAAGAGCUACAAUCCUGGUACCAUGAGUCCAUCCACGUAGGCCACGCCGAUAUCAGCCACGAGGACUGGUGGCCUACGUUGAACACCGCUGACGACCUAGUCUCCAUCCUCACCACCAUCAUUUGGCUUGCAUCCGCCCAACACGCUGCACUCAAUUUCGGACAGUACCCUUACGGUGGUUAUGUGCCUAACCACCCACCUCUAAUGAGAAGAUUAAUACCCGAAGAAAAUGACCCAGAGUAUGCUAAUUUCCUAGCUGAUCCACAAAAAUAUUUCCUAUCAGCAUUGCCAAGUUUAUUACAAGCUACGAAAUACAUGGCCGUGGUCGACACCUUGUCCACGCACUCGCCCGACGAGGAGUACCUGGGGGAAAGACAGCAACCAUCGAUUUGGUCCGGUGAUGCUGAGAUAAUUGAGGCAUCUUUCGGAUUUUCCGCGGAGAUCCGACGGAUAGAAAAGGAGAUUGAGAAAAGGAAUGCUGACCCUAGCCUCAAGAACCGGUGUGGAGCUGGGGUGAUAUCGUAUGAGCUACUUGCACCUAGCUCAGGCCCUGGGGUAACAUGCAGGGGAGUACCCAACAGUGUUUCAAUAUGAUCCAAAAUAGGAGUCAUGGUGCUCAAUUUUUUCUUUAUUUUAUUUUUAAUCAAAACUUAGGUGUAUAAUUCAUUAGCCCUUUGUGCUGGAUCCCAAUAGUGGUCAGCAAUCGGCAUACUUAUUUUAAAACUAGCUAGGGGUGUAUAUGAUAUAGAGUUUGUAAGCAUGCUGUUGUAUCAUAGUAUUUUUAUGCAAUCUAAAUUAGUAUUAAGGUUCGAAGA